AUGCCUCCUCCUUCCAUCGGCCGUCUCGCCCGCCUUACACUCUACUCGGGUCCGAAUUGCUCAUUGUGUGACGUGGCGAAAGAGGAGCUUGCGAAGGUCAGGAAAGCUCGGCCCUUCAGUCUCGACGUUGUGAAUAUACAGGAUUCCGGACAAGAACGGUGGAAACGCAAGUACGUAUAUUGGAUUCCCGUCCUACAUCUGGAGGGCAAGGAGGUGGCGAAGGGACGCUGGGACGCUGCGAGUGUGCAUGCAGCCCUUGACAACUGGGAAAAGGAGAAGCCAUGA